GUUUAUUUUUAUCUUUAUUUUCAGGUCAAAUAAAUCAAGAUGCCGGAGCUAGUCGAGCAGAUGUACUGCUCACAGCAGAUUGUGAUCCCUCCGAAAUUCCCUUACAUCUUGAAGAGGUUUUGCAAAGCGGCCAUCAAAACCCAGCCAUACGACCUCCUUCGCUGGUCCUUCGAAUAUUUCAAGGCGUUGGCCGAAAACAUUCCACCACCUGUCAAGUUGAGGCUCGAAUACCCCAUCUACAGUACCGAGGGAGGCCUCACACGUGGCUGUCUGAAGGUCAUUGCUCAUCAGUUGCAACACAUGGGCAAAAACCUCCCACUCUACCUGAUCAGGAAAGCCUGGCGUGGCUUCUGUCUUGACCCCAACGAGUUGAGACGAAUCUUCUGCCUGUGUGAGGUGUACAAGAGGCAGGACUACGUCCCACUCCUGCAUUUUAUAGCUGUUGCAGGUGGAAUGCUGACUAAGAAUCUGACUUACACCAUGAUCCUCCUCUGCGAAGUCCUAACCAAGGAGCCAGACGGCGGUUCAGCCGCUAUCCCCGCUGACGACUUCCUGAAUAUGUACUUCUUCCUGGCGAGGAUGGACGCCUCCAAGGAUAUAAGAUACGUCAACGGGUAUAGAGAAGGAGAGACACCAAGACCGGAAGAAGAGGAAAUAGAAGAAGAGGAAACACUCAGUGAAACUACUGUCGAUCCUUCCCUGGAUGACUUUUGGCAAGGUGCUGGUCUCCUCCGCCGUAUAAGCCUGGUCGAUGACUCGGUGACCACCAACCCUCGACUGAGCCAAAGGUCUGGUCUGCCGGCUAUAGGGAAGGUCCCAAGGUCAUUGUCUGCAGAACGAGCGGCGCAGAUAGAGAGGGAGAAUUAUAUGAGGGAGAGAAAAGACAGAGCUAUACUGGAUGAAGAUAUUGAAGCAAAGAUGAAGCAGCUAAGUUCGUCCAAAGUGCAAGAAAAGGAUGAUGCAGAUAAAGCGAAAGAAGAAGAUGACGAAGCAAAAGAGGAAUUCAAACCGAUCAGGGUUUGGGAUGAGGAUGACAACGAAAUACCCUUUGAAUUUUACGGUGAACCUCCAAUUGAAGAAGAGGCUUUAGAAGAACAAGAGAAGGAACCAGGAGGAGAAGAAGAGACUAAACAAGAAGUUGAGCACGAGGAAGACAUACAAGAUAUGAUUAAUGAAUUGUUUGCGGCACGCGCACAAAGACUGGCAGAUCUGGAACAGACCUUCGAGGAUAUAGCUCGGAUUGUGGACAAGUUCAAGCUGGCGAACUACGAUCUUGGAAUGGUCGCUGGUCGUCAAAUGUCCAUCACCAGCGGAGAGUUCAUCGUACAGCACAUUGAGAAGGAGAUCAUGGACUAUAUCGAUGAGCAGAUCGCUGUUCUGCCAGACCCUGAUUUGAAGAAGAAGAAGGCUAAGCCAGAAGAAGUGGCGAUGGUGAGGACUCUACUCUACGAUUUCCUGGAGGAGAAUAUGGAUAUCAUCGUGCCAGAGGAAGAAGAGGUUGAGGAAGAGGAACUUCCUAUUCCUGAGAUCAUAGUGGUAUACGCUGUACCUGGUAUCGGGCCGCCGGUUCCGGAAGAAAUGAUCUGUGAUGUAGAGGAGUACAUAGCCGACGUCAGCAAGAACCAGGCUGAUAUGGUGAUGCCCAGGAACUUCAGGCAUUUCCUCAGCCCACCUUUGGAGAGAUUCGAGGAAUACCAAUUCGACGAACAUAAGAAAGAAGAGCUUGCCUGCAGCGGCGUUUUCACUAAUUAGAAUAAAAUAUAUUUAUUCAUUCUUAUGGCUGUGUGACUCAACUACAUAUACAUAUACUAUACACCGUGUUUUUAUUGAUUUCCGUUAACUUCGGCAU